AUAGAAAAGAAAAAAAUAAAGCAAAAUACAGCGGUGACUUGGUUUGGUUAGUGGUGUUGCAGAGGGAAAAUUGAAUCGAAAGAAAACACUUUGCAACAUUCGAAACAAGAGUGAAAUCUAAGCUUCGAAUUCGCCAUGGAUGUGAUAAAAACGCAACAAAUCUCAUCUCGUUCGAUCGAGAAGGUGGUGGUUCAUCCUCUAGUGUUACUCAGCAUCGUUGAUAACUACAAUAGAGUCGCUAAGGAUACUCGCAAGCGUGUUGUUGGUGUUUUGCUCGGUUCUACUUUCAAAGGCACCGUUGAUGUUUCCAAUAGCUACGCCGUGCCUUUUGAAGAAGAUGACAAGGACCCCAGCAUUUGGUUUCUCGACCACAAUUAUCACGAAGCAAUGUUUUCCAUGUUUAAGAGAAUAAAUGCAAAGGAGCAUGUGGUGGGGUGGUAUAGCACUGGUCCAAAGCUGCGAGAAAAUGACCUCGACAUUCAUGGGUUAUUUAAUGACUAUGUUCCAAAUCCCGUUUUGGUUAUAAUUGAUGUUGAACCUAAGGAGUUGGGAAUUCCAACAAAAGCAUACUAUGCUGUUGAGGAGGUUAAAGAGAAUGCUACUCAGAAAAGCCAAAAGGUCUUUGUGCAUGUGCAAUCAGAGAUCGCUGCUCAUGAGGUUGAGGAAAUAGGAGUGGAACACUUGCUCAGGGAUGUGAAGGAUACAACCAUUAGCACCCUUGCAACCGAGGUGAGCGGAAAACUCACAGCCUUGAAAGGUUUGGAUGCAAGACUUAAAGAGAUAAGGGGUUACCUUGAUCUUGUUAUUGAUGGAAAGCUUCCCUUAAACCAUGAGAUCCUAUACCAUCUGCAGGACGUGUUCAACCUGCUACCAAAUCUCAAUGUCUCUGAUCUUAUCAAGGCUUUUGCAGUGAAAACGAAUGAUAUGAUGCUGGUAAUAUACCUAUCGUCUCUCAUUAGAAGUGUAAUUGCACUCCACAACUUGAUUAACAACAAGAUGCUCAACAAAGAACAUGAAAGGGCAGAAGACUCAAAACCAGCACCAGUACCAAGUGCAGCUGCAUAAGGUUUCGACGAUUGCAAUGGGUUGAGCUCUAAAGGCACUAUGAUUGAUUCCAUUCCAUGGACCGGGAUUCUUACAUUUUAAUUGCAUUUGUCGGUCUUCUUGAGCAUUUCUGAUAGGGUAGAGAAAUACAAGUAACAUGCAUGGCAUAAUUCAUUUACACUAUUUCCCGUGCUCUUUAUUUCUGUAUGUUACUCUUGUAUCCUAUGAUCAUCUUCUUAGUUUAGUAUUUGUUGAAGAACCUAUUAUCAACAAAUGGAUCAGGAUCUCAGAAAUGAAAUCUGUCUCAUUAACUUUUGCUGAUUAUCACCUGUCCA